CAGCCCCUAUGAGGACUCCCCCAACCAUGAAGCUGUGCCUGCCUGCCUUGUUUCUGGUGGCUACAUUGUGUGUGAAUUUUGCUCACUCCUUAGAAUGCCACGUGUGCUGCGGGCCUGAGACCUGCCGGGCUCCCGUCGAAUGCUCCCCAACAGACAAGUACUGUCUUAUUACCCGGGCAAUCAACUCAAUCAACCCAAGCCAUAUCCUGGUGAUGAAGUCCUGUGCCCCAACAUGCCCGAACAGCACCAUUUCAACUGAUGGACAUGCCAUUUCUGUUGCCUGCUGCCAGGGAAAUAGAUGCAAUGGGAAGGUGGAGAAAGAUGGUUCUGCUAGCCUAAUCAUCAGCCGAGGGGUUCUGUGGGUGGGUGUCUCCACCAGCCUCCUAUGGGUUCUCCUCCAAGCUGUUUGGUGAGGAGAUUUUUCUUGUCCCUACCCCCUCCACUGUCCCUAAUGUUUUCUGUUCCCAAGAUCUCUUUACUCAGGACAGAACCUCCAACACCAAAGGACAGAUUUCCUCUCAGGGAAAAACUGUCCAUAGGACAGGGUCUUGCUCCUUCUCCCAGCUCCUGCAGGGAAUCAGAAGGGACACUACUCUGUUCAGUGGUCUGGCUCUUUGGGUAUGGGCCUGGCCAACUCCCAGUAUUACCGUUUCUCUUUUACCCUUCCUCUUCCCUUUCUUAUCUGGGGUGCUGAUCUUUUCCUUAUGGGUUUUCUGCCCCCUGAGAAUAGAAAAAAAAAAACAAUCUCUAUUUGGAGGUGGUACAGUCAUACUUGAGAGGGGAAGGGAGAGGUCAUAGGGGAACUGUGAAAUUUUAAUGUUUUAAUUAAAUAAUCACUUCCUUCUCUCUUCUUUUCUACCUCUGUCCUACUCAACAUCAAGUCCCCUUCCCCUCUUUAAUCCUUGGGAGGAUCAAGAUAGUCCUCCCAAGGCCAGUAAGGGUGGAUGACCUGAUUAAAGGAGGUUUCUCUAAAAAGAGCAGCUUUUAAUCAUGCCCCCCCUUUAAAUGAGUCACCCCAUCAUCGAAUGACCAUGUAGCUUGGAGAUGGGAUGGGGGAUGGAGAUGAAGGGUACAUAAUUUCCUCAAAUCCAUCUAAUGAGCAAUAUUGGGGGGAGGGUAAAAGCAUCUCAGGUGUUAAGUUGUCCCUAAAUGGAAAUAGUAUGAAUGAAAGCUAAGGACCUGGGGUUAGGGUGAAGGGUGUCACAUUGUCUGAAUCAGAGAGUCCACCCUGAUGUGCCUACCUACCUCACAGGGCUGUUGU